UUCUUUAGGGUGUGGGGACAAAAUAUAAUUUGGGGAAAAGUCGAGUAUAUAUUUUUUACUUGUUCUCAUUAGAACCUCUUUUUGGAUCGAAAAUGUCAACAACGUUCCCGGGUCUCGUCCAUGAUCCCGAGAUACGUCAUGACGGAUCAAACAGUUAUCGCCUGAUGCAGCUGGGAUGUCUGGAUUCAGUGGCAAAUUCUACAGUCGCCUAUUCAUCCACCUCUCCUUUAACCUACUCGGCGAAUGGAACCGAUUUUACCUCACCAUAUUUCUCCACAAACCACCAGUACACCCCUCUUCAUCAUCAGUCCUUCCAUUAUGAGUUCCAGCACAGCCACCCGGCAGUGAACCCAGAUGCAUAUUCUUUGAAUAGCCUCCACCAUAGCCAACAGUAUUACCAGCAGAUCCACCAUGGAGAACCGUCAGACUUUAUCAACCUUCACAAUGCUCGAUCUCUCAAGUCCUCUUGUCUGGAUGAGCAGAGGCGAGAGCUGGGCUGUUUGGACGCCUACCGUAGACAUGACCUCUCUCUAAUGAGCCAUGGCUCUCAAUAUGGUAUUCACCCAGACCAGAGAAUUCUGCCAGGUCCAAAUCUAGGGCUACAGCCUCCAGGUUCUGAUGACAUUCAGAACUCCGUGGAAGCACAAUGUGGAUUAGUUUUAAAUGGUCAAGGUGGAGUAAUACGGAGGGGUAACACAUGCGUUGUGAAUCCGACAGACCUGUUUUGUUCUGUUCCUGGACGUUUGUCACUACUCAGCUCCACUUCCAAAUAUAAAGUGACCAUUGCAGAAGUGAAAAGGCGCCUCUCACCACCAGAAUGUCUCAAUGCUUCUCUCUUAGGAGGGAUCUUACGGAGAGCUAAGUCUAAGAAUGGAGGACGAUGUUUACGAGAGAAGUUGGACAGGUUGGGACUGAACUUACCAGCUGGCAGACGGAAAGCAGCCAAUGUCACCCUGCUAACCUCUCUGGUUGAAGGUGAAGCCCUCCAUUUGGCCCGGGAUUUCGGCUACACGUGCGAGACAGAGUUUCCAGCCAAGGCUGUGGGGGAACAACUUGCUCGGCAGCAUCUUGAGCCCAAAGAACAGACACCAAGGAAAAAGAUGAUUCUAGCAACAAAACAAAUCUGUAAGGAAUUUCAAGACCUCUUAAGCCAGGACAGAUCACCUCUGGGAUCUUCGAGACCAACUCCAAUUCUAGACCUUGACAUUCAGAGACAUUUAACACAUUUUAGCCUGAUCACACAUGGAUUCGGUACCCCUGCUAUCUGUGCUGCCCUCAGUAGCUUCCAAACUGUCCUGAGUGAAAUGCUCAACUAUCUGGAUAAGCACACAGUUACUAAAAAUGGAGCUUCACCAGAGAAUGGCCAGGGCAAUAGCAACACAGAAAAAGGAACACUGCGGAAGAGCUUGGAUCCAUCUCAAAAAGAUGGGAAAAUCGAGAAAACAGAAUGAACUCAGUGAAUGAACUUUGAAGUCAGCCAGAGCUUUCCUGCUGCUGAAGUCCACUUAAAUGAAGUCGGUAUCUCUUGUAGGAAGACUAGAAGGAAGGAAACAAAAGCUCAAUGAUGGAGUCACUAUUUUUACAAUAUUGAAAUAUUUUGUGCACAGUUGUGCUGUUUAUAUAGUGUUUAUAGUGAUGCACAAUACAAUUUAACCACUGGAUACAAAUAUGCGGUAUCUUCUUUCAGUUAACGAUCUACGCAAUGUGCCAUAAACCAGCUCGACAUUCACAUCAUGUUAUAUGAUUUGACCUCCAAAUUCUUAGGAAGGUGGUGGCUCCAGCCACCUGUCAGAAACAAGGAAACUUCCACUUUUGCAGGCAUAGCUCCAAUCAGAGUCCAGUCUGUUUAAGUUCUGACCAACAAAGUCACAGUAAUCAAAGGCUGAAAUAGCUGCAGAUUUUUGAACUGACCACAUUUCCACUUGUGUGCAUAACUGGACAGUAAAACAAAGGCUUUAAAUUAAUUUACUGACUUCAAUUAUUGUAACGAGUAGCUGAAUCACUUGGCAUGAUAUCAUAAUUUAGCAGUCAAACAUUAUUAUGACAGAAAUCAUCGUAUAACAUAGCUGGCAAUAUGACUUCCAUGCAAAAGGAUCCCAACCUGAAACAUCACAUAGCAUGUUCUCCAGAAAUGCCAAUGGACCCACUGAGUUAC